CCGCCGCUGCUCCCCCUCCUGCUGCUCCUGCUGCUCCCCGGUGGCCGCCGCGCUCUGGAGGAGACCCUGAUGGACACGAAGUGGGUGACCUCUGAGUUGGCAUGGACAACUCAUCCAGAGACAGGGUGGGAAGAAGUCAGUGGUUAUGACGAGGCCAUGAACCCUAUCCGCACGUACCAGGUCUGCAACGUACGGGAGGCCAACCAGAACAACUGGCUUCGUACCAAAUUCAUCCAGCGCCAGGAUGUCCAGCGCGUCUAUGUGGAGCUGAAGUUCACUGUGCGGGACUGCAACAGCAUCCCCAACAUCCCUGGCUCCUGCAAAGAGACCUUCAACCUCUUCUAUUACGAGUCAGAUACGGAUUCUGCCUCUGCAAACAGCCCUUUCUGGAUGGAGAACCCCUAUAUCAAAGUGGAUACAAUUGCCCCAGAUGAGAGCUUCUCCAAGCUGGAGUCUGGCCGUGUGAACACCAAAGUGCGCAGCUUUGGCCCUCUCUCCAAGAAUGGUUUUUACCUUGCCUUCCAAGACCUGGGAGCCUGCAUGUCCCUCAUUUCCGUCCGGGCUUUCUACAAGAAAUGCUCCAACACCAUUGCUGGCUUUGCUAUCUUCCCGGAGACUUUAACGGGGGCCGAGCCCACUUCCCUGGUCAUCGCACCGGGCACCUGCAUCCCCAAUGCAGUGGAGGUGUCUGUGCCCCUGAAGCUGUACUGCAACGGCGACGGCGAGUGGAUGGUGCCCGUGGGAGCAUGUACGUGUGCUGCUGGAUACGAGCCCACCAUGAAGGAUACCCAGUGCCAAGCAUGCGGCCCAGGAACCUUCAAGUCUAAGCAGGGGGAAGGUCCCUGCUCUCCCUGCCCUCCCAAUAGCCGGACCACCUCUGGAGCAGCAAUGGUCUGCACUUGUCGAAACGGCUUUUUCCGGGCAGACACGGACCCCGCAGACAGCGCCUGCACCAGUGUCCCCUCAGCCCCCCGCAACGUCAUCUCCAACGUGAACGAGACGUCGCUGGGGCUGGAGUGGAGCGAGCCGCAGGACACGGGCGGGCGGGAUGACCUGCUCUACAACGUCAUCUGCAAGAAGUGCAGCGUGGAGCGGCGCCUGUGCACCCGCUGCGACGACAACGUGGAGUUCGUGCCGCGCCAGCUCGGCCUCACCGAGCGGCGCAUCUACAUCAGCAACCUGAUGGCCCACACCCAGUACACCUUCGAGAUCCAGGCCGUGAACGGCAUCUCCAACAAGAGUCCCUACCCUCCCCAUUUCGCCUCUGUCAACAUCACCACCAACCAGGCAGCCCCAUCUGCCGUGCCGACGAUGCACCUGCACAGCAGCACCGGAAACAGCAUGACGCUGUCAUGGACUCCCCCAGAGAGACCCAACGGCAUCAUUCUGGACUAUGAGAUCAAGUACUCGGAGAAGCAAGGCCAGAACGAUGGCAUCGCCAACACGGUCACCAGCCAGAAGAACUCGGUGCGGCUGGACGGGCUGAAGGCCAAUGCGCGGUACAUGGUGCAGGUGCGGGCGCGCACCGUGGCGGGCUACGGCCGCUACAGCCUCCCCACGGAGUUCCAGACAACUGCCGAGGGCGGUUCCACCAGCAAGACUUUCCAGGAGCUGCCUCUGAUCGUGGGUUCGGCCACUGCAGGGCUGGUGUUCGUCAUCGUGGUGGUGGUGAUUGCUAUCGUCUGCUUCAGGAAAGGGAUGGUUACUGAACACCUCCUCUCGUCUCCUUUGGGCAGGAAGCAGCGCAACAACACUGACCCUGAGUACACAGAAAAGCUGCAGCAAUAUGUUACCCCUGGGAUGAAGGUGUACAUUGACCCCUUCACCUACGAGGAUCCAAACGAGGCUGUCCGGGAAUUCGCCAAAGAGAUUGACAUCUCCUGUGUGAAAAUUGAGGAGGUCAUUGGAGCAGGGGAGUUUGGUGAGGUGUGCCGUGGGCGCCUGAAGCUGCCUGGCCGCCGCGAGAUCUUCGUGGCCAUCAAGACACUGAAGGUUGGCUACACGGAGCGGCAGCGGCGGGACUUCCUGAGCGAGGCCAGCAUCAUGGGCCAGUUUGACCACCCCAACAUCAUCCACCUGGAGGGAGUGGUGACCAAGAGCCGCCCUGUCAUGAUCAUCACGGAAUUCAUGGAGAACUGUGCACUUGACUCCUUCCUGCGGCUGAAUGAUGGGCAGUUCACAGUCAUCCAGCUGGUGGGAAUGAUGCGAGGCAUCGCUGCUGGCAUGAAGUACCUUUCGGAGAUGAACUACGUGCAUCGGGAUCUGGCUGCCCGCAACAUUCUGGUCAACAGCAACUUGGUCUGCAAAGUGUCUGACUUUGGGCUCUCUCGCUUUCUGGAGGAUGACCCAGCUGACCCCACCUACACCAGCUCCCUGGGGGGCAAGAUCCCAAUCAGAUGGACAGCUCCUGAGGCCAUCGCCUACCGCAAAUUCACUUCAGCCAGCGACGUGUGGAGCUACGGUAUCGUCAUGUGGGAAGUGAUGUCCUACGGGGAGCGACCUUACUGGGACAUGUCCAACCAGGAUGUGAUCAAUGCUGUGGAGCAGGAUUACCGCCUGCCACCCCCCAUGGACUGCCCCACUGCACUGCACCAGCUGAUGCUGGACUGCUGGGUGCGGGACCGGAACCUAAGGCCCAAAUUUGCACAGAUUGUCAACACGCUGGACAAGCUUAUCCGCAAUGCUGCCAGCCUGAAGGUCAUCGCCAGCGUCCAGUCUGGCAUCUCCCAACCGCUCCUGGACCGCACUGUCCCGGAUUACACCACCUUCACCACUGUGGGAGACUGGCUGGAUGCCAUCAAAAUGGGACGGUACAAGGAGAACUUUGUCAAUGCUGGGUUUGCCUCCUUCGACCUGGUGGCACAGAUGACUGCGGAGGACCUGCUGAGGAUAGGGGUGACGCUAGCAGGGCACCAGAAGAAGAUCCUGAGCAGCAUUCAGGACAUGAGGCUGCAGAUGAACCAGACGCUCCCGGUGCAGGUUUGACCACAGGGGACUCUGCAUUGGAAACGGACCAAGGGAACCUGCCAAAAAGGUUCAGUUUGCGGUGCAGCCCAGCUUCCUGUUUUCCCCUCCACAUGGCGCUCCUCUGCCUCGGACGGUCGCCUGGGACGGGAUGGGACGGGACACCCUUCCCUGGAUCGAAGGCACUCAUGCUGAGAGGGAGCCCAGCUUUUCGUCCCGUGUCCUGGAAUGGCGAGGCAGCAACACAUCUUCAUAUUGAAGAUGGAUUAUGGGACAGAGAUGGCACAUCCCACUUCCCACCCUGUCUUGGUGCUCAUCGGUUUGAAGAGUUGUUCUGCUUCUUGGAUUUCUUUUCACCCUGUUUUCCCCCCAGUCCUCACUUCCCUCACCUCCCCGAGGCCACAGACUGUUGACCCGUCCGCUGAGUCCGUCAGACACGUCCAAAGCCUUCCCUAACUCUGUUCCCCAUAUGGAAGCAGCUGGGGGAGGCCGAGCCAGCGACAGGGCUGGGGCCACCAGCCCCAGACAAUCACCCCUCUCCUCCAGCCCUGGCAAGCCCUCUGCCCAGGGGCCCGCACUGGAACGUGUCCGAAGGGAAGGCUUCGCUCCCUUUCUUGGCUUUGCACGCCAGAACCCGAACCCGAUUUACUAUGCAGGGAGUU